GUUAAACCCGAGCAUCUGGAUGCUCUGUAUGCCUGACUCCCUCUCCCGGCGAGCGUUGUGGAGCACCUCAUUUUGCCUGCAUCAUCUGGCAAGUCUAGGUUGUUCUUUUCUAGGUCCCGUCGCUAGAGGUAAGUGCGCGCGACGUUGUUGUAAAAGUCAGUUAAAUUGGGAGUUGCUCGCACUUUCUCGUACCGAGCCGAGAAUUACGAAAAUCUCAUGGAACACUCAACGCGGAAUGCGGCGAGGCCAAGACGCUCUCACCCAAAGUCGCGGACCGGCUGCAAGACCUGCAAAGUCAGGAAGAUCAAAUGCGACGAACAACGACCCUCCUGUCGCAACUGUACUAAGCAUGGCGUGAAAUGCGAUUUUCUGGCUCUGGCCGAAGCAGCCUCACCCAGAAGCCUGACCGAUGAGAAUCCCUCCAACGGGUUGAAUGUGCUUGAUCUCGAGCUCAUGCACAACUUCUCUACGUCGACAUAUGCCACCCUGUCCAAUGACACCCUACUGAGGGACAUGUGGAGAGUCUCCGCCGUCCAACUUGCACUGAACUGUGACUAUGUCCUGAGAUGUGUUCUGGCCGUGUCGGCCUUGCACCUGGCCCGUCACCGGCCGGAUAAGAGAGACUACUACACAUCCCACGCGCUCCUUCAUCACCAGAUCGCCUCCAGGGCAGCCAUGGCCGAGCUAUCAAACGUCACGAGAGAGAACGUGCGGCCUCUCCAAAUGUUCUCCAUAUUGACGAUUAUCUUCGCACUAGGAAGCCCACGACGGCCGGACGGCUUCCUACUCAUCGGCGAGAGCAGCUUCCCCGACUGGAUGUUCCUCCUGUCGGGGACGCGGCGGUUCUCGGAGAUACUGCAGGACGACACCUUCACCGGCCCGCUGGGCCCCAUGUUCCAGCAUGGCUUCAGGAGGAGCCUUCUCCAGCGGCCCGACGACGACGACAACGACAACAACAGUAACAACAACAACAACAACAACGGCCGGGAGCUCUCGCCGUCGCCCGGGAUCGAAGCGCUGGAGCGCCUGCAGGCCCUCGUGGAGGACUCGGUCGCCGCCGCCGCCGACGACGAGGGGCCCGGGCGGGCGUACCGGCACGCCAUCCGGGCGCUGCACCCGCCGUACCGGGUGUUCCUGGGGCGCGGCGGAGACGGGGAUGGGGACGGGGUGGCGGCGGCGGUGGAGGUGGAGACGACGGACGUGUUCAUGUGGAUCUACCGGGUGGCCGACAGCUUCCUGCCGUUCCUCAGGGUGCCGACGCAGGAGGCGAUUGCCAUCUUUGCGCACUUUUGCGUCCUGUUCAAGAGGAUACGGAACCAGUGGUGGCUUGAGGGCUGGGCGGAUCACCUCAUCUCCAAGGCGUACGGGUUGCUCGAUGAGGAGCACCGCUUGUGGAUACGUUGGCCGAUCGAGGAGAUGGGGUGGUUGCCGCCGCCGGCUACUUGAUUAAAAGAUUUGGGGGGGGGGGGUUCGUCCGCUGUGA